GGCUUCCGUAGCAAAUUCCUUCCUCCUCUCUCCUUUUCCUUAUUGUGGCAACAUGGAUCCUCGUAACAACUUUAUUGCGGUGUUUAGGAGUUAAUUCCGCUUUGUCUGGGAGUUAUUCGCCUUUCUCCGGGUUCCUUCCCUCACCUGGACACCAUGUUUACCACCACCGGCUCUCGGGGUCUGUACAAGGCACCUCUGUGUAAAGGCCUCCUGCUGGUUCUCAAUGGGCUGACUGUGAUGCUCACCCUGCUGCCACAGUACCAGGACAUGUUCGUGUACAGCCUGCAGGCUGUUGCACAUCAGCACCAGGUUUGGAGGUUGUUGUGCGGCAGGUUGAUCUGUCUGGACGUGAAGGACUCCUUCUGCAGCAGCCUGCUGAUUUACAACUUUCGAAUCUUUGAGAGGAGGUUUGGCACCAGGAAGUUUGCUUCCUUCCUGCUGGGCACUUGGUUUCUCUCUGCCCUGGUGGACUUCCUUCUGGCCCAAGCCUUCCAGUUCCUGUUUGAAUAUGAAGUGGAGGAACUACCAGCCGGACUGCUCGCUCCAGUCUUCUCUCUGUUUGUGCCUUUCUACCAGUCGAUCCCCAGAAUGCCAGUCACUCAGGUCCUGGGACACAUCCACAUCACCAACAAGACUCUGGUUUACAUAGUGGGCCUGCAGCUGCUGACUUCUAGCCCCUUCAUGUGGCUCCUUGCACUCAGUGGACUGAUCUCGGGAGGAUUGUACCACUCCAAUGCUCUCUGGUUGCAGAAGGUCUUCUUUGUCCCUGUUUGGGUAUCUUCUGUUGGAAAGUACAUUCUGGAGCCGCUCUUCUCCAGUUCCCAGCCCAACGAUGAGACGCCUCUGGGGAUGGGAGCCACUCUGGACAUCCAGAGGCAGCAGAGAAUGGAUCUGCUCGACCAGCAGCUGCUACUGGCCCAGUACAACGAGGCCCGGAGGAACGUCAGACGUCAGCCACAGGGUGGGCUGCUGCAGUGGACCAGGUUAUUUCCCUCUCUGAGACACAGAGGACAGAACAGACCUCCAGUCCAACCCCAUCCUGAGGCCCAGACACACCAGUCCACACAGCCUCCAUUACUGGAAAACUCUCCUGUUCCAGAGGAACAGGUUGCCCGGUUAGUGGAAAUGGGCUUUUCCAGAAUCGAUGCCCUCGAGGCCCUCAGAGCUUCAAAUAACGACAUUAACAUGGCGACCAACUUCCUCCUGCAGCACUGAGGAGAAAGAACCGUGGGCAAAAAAAAAGAAAGAAGAGGAAUAAAGACAGCACAUGAAGCAAAAAUAAAUGUGUUGCUCCGAACCAAAGACUGGCAAUGCUGGAGAAUUGGAGAGAAGUCAAAAGAAUAUUUUAAGAGAUCAAUUGCAGGCAGUGCCUCUGCUCCCUGAAGCAGGGUUGAGCAAAGGUUACCUGAACUGAGGCCGACCACAAAUUGGUUCAUGGAGAAGUGUGAAGCACAAGGUGAAAAGUGGCAUUGCUCUGUUACGGUCGCUAUAGAGUAAAACUGAGGGCUCUCAACAUAAGGCAGAUCCAUUUCAGCUCUAACUGCAAUGAAUAGCCUGUCAACAAUAUAAGACAUGAAGAAGAUUUUAGCUCUCUACAAACAUUUACCUAGAAAAUACCAGCUCUAUGACAGCCUUGAGACAGACCCUUCAUGUGGACACCAUGUUAAAGCUGUGUAUAAACAAUUUUAUUAAUCCUGAUGCCACACAGUACUGCUUUUCAAAAUGGCUACAUUGUGAGUUAAAAUUUAGAUUUGCUCCUUACGCUAAUUCGAAAUUAUGGGGGGGAAAAGAUACCUGUUUUCAAAACAAUGCAUCAGGAUUUUUAUGUGAUGUAUGUCGCUCAGCUUCAUGCUGUAAUUGAUAAACUGCCACCUUUGGCCAGUCGUAACGCAGACGUACAAAGGGAUCUGAACGAUGUGAGCACUGUGACCCAUUUCACCAGGAUUUUACCGCACUGGUGUUUGUUGGCAGAGACGUAGCAGAGCUGAGCUUUUUCCUGAUUUAGACGCUAGAAGCAGUUAGCCUGACUCACACUUAACUUACUGAGCCACACUUCUUCAAGCUGACUGGUUUGGCUCAGUUGAGCUCUGUUGUCGUGACGCUGGUUAGAGGGCUUUCUCGGGGUGUGCGAGGCCGCUUCUUCAGUCCGUAACAUCGUAUCGGUUGCAGAGCAGCCCAUUUCGGCUUUAUUUAUUUUGUCUUAAAGUGAGUUUUUUUUUUCCCCCUCUGUUGGCACUCUGGUUUUGAGUCAUCAGUCUUAAGGGUCUGUUGGUAUUUAUUAUGCAAUUCCAUAACGAUAAAUUUAUGGAAACUUUGCACUGCAUAGUACCUGCUCUGUGUAUUUGAACAUUGAUACAAAAGAUGUUAUAUUGCAGCCACUGUGUAUUGAUGUCAAAGACAGAUGCUAAUUUUAUAUUUUGUGCAUAAUGUUGAUUAUAUAUAUAAAUAUAUAUGACCACUGAACUGAAUCUUUGGUGUUUGUGACAUUUUUGAGAGCGAUGCUGUAAUAAAUGGCAGAGAUGAGGGAUUUGUUGCAUGGACAACGUUCUGUUGUGCUGUAAUGAUUCAAAUUUGAUCUGUGAAAUAAAAAAGACAAACUGUUAUGAA